AUGAAAGCUACACUCUUUGCAUCCGCCCUGGCGCUGGCGUCGACGGCCUUCGCUCUCCCUCAAGGCCCGCCGCCGCCACAGACUUACAAGGGCGGGAACUCUGGCGGAAACACGGAAGACUCUCCUGUCGGUCAGGGCGGGAAUGGCCCUCCCCCUUCGUACGGAGACCACUCUGGCAGUAUCGGUGGCUCUCCUCAGGGCAUCCAGCCCAACCAAGCUGGCUCAGGUGGUCAGCCUGGCGGUGGCAUUGGCUCGCCUUUCGGUCAGAACGGUGUUCAGCCUCAGGGCACUCAACCGCAAGGCAAUCAGGGCAACCUCCCCGGCAGUCUCCAACCUUUCCAGAACGGCAACAACAACCAGCAGCCUGGCAAUGCUAUCGGCUCGCCAGUCGGCGGCACGCAGCCCCAGGGCAAUCAGCCACAAGGUCUAGGCGGAGCCAACAACCAACCUCAAGUCGGCGGCGGUGGUCAACUGCCGCCAGGCGUCACACCAGACCAGCUUGGAAACCAGCCUGGUCGGGGCGGCGUUGGUGGCUCUCCCCAACCCCAGCAAUUCGGUCAAUACCAGCCAAACGGUCAGAGCGGCAAUGGUCAGCCUGGUCAGAACGCCCUCAGUCCUCAAGGUCAGCAGCCAGGUCAAGACAUCGGUGGUCUUGGACCUCAGAUCCAGCAACCAGGACAAUCGGGUGGCGUUGGCUCGCCUCAGGGGCUCAGCCCUCAAAGCAACCAGCAGCCUGGUGCGGUUAUUGGCUCGCCGCAGGGUCUGAGUCCACAAAAUAACCAACAGCCUGGCGCCGGCAUUGGCUCUCCUACUGGUCUCGGCCCGCAGAACGGCCAACAAGGCAAUUUGCCAGGUCAGCAGCCGGGCCAGACUGGUGGUCUUCCGUCUCAGCAGAAUGGUGUUGGAUCUCCUCAAGGACUCUCCCCUCAAAACGACCAGCUUGGCAACCAGCCUGGCAUUGGAGGUCCACAGCCAGGUCAGAUGGGCUCUCCCCAAGGCAUCUCCCCUCAAAACGGUCAACUUGGCUCUCAACCCGGCAUCAGCGGCCCUCAACCAGGCCAGCCUGGUAGCGGUAUUGGCUCUCCCAUCGGCGGCUCUGGCGGUCAACUCGGCCAGCCUCCUCUCGGUGCCCCAACAGGCGACAACAUCUGCGGUCCCUCCGCCGGCGGCAACUGCGUCUCCCAACAAGAAGCCGAGCUCUUCAUCCAACGCUUCAUCUCCAUCGUCACGCACCAGAGUUCGGAUCUGGGUGAUGCCCAGACGACCGCCGAGCAGAUCAUCGGCGAGGACUGGGUGGAGUAUUCGAACUCGAUCUUGAGUCUUCAGGGGCUGCCUCUCACAUCCGACGGCAUCGCCGCACACUCCAAGCAAGAAUGGACCCAAGGCAUCCUCAACGCGCCUCCCUUCGGCGGCGUCCAGACGCUCAAACUGCUCGUCUUCUGCGACCAGGUCCUGUGGUACUGGAACUUCAACGUCAUCGGCUCCGGCGAGUACCCCGUCAAGGGGUUCAAUCUGUUCACGCUCCGGAGGCAGGGCAAUGAGGUUGUCGCUUCGGAGGUGGAUAUUGAGUUUGAUAGUAUUGCUUGGGGACUUGAUACGGGGUUUAGUGUUACGUUGAGGGAUGGGAGGACGUUGCCUGAGGGGGGUGCUUCGCAGCAGGGUGCUAGCGCUGGUGGUCAGCUCCAAGGCCAAGGUCAGGGUGGUGUCGGAGGAGGCGUUGGUGGUUCUGCUGGUGGUGGUGGCUUUGGCGGUGCUCAGCUCGGCGUGGGAGGCCAGAAUGGUGUUAACGCUGGGAUGGGCGCCAAUGGUGUCUCGCUCGGCGUUGGCGGACAGAACGGCCUCAAUGCUGGCUUUGCCGGCGCUGGGGCCUCAGGACCGGGAGGGGGUGUUGGUGCUUCUCUUAGCCAGACUGGCGGAGGUGGUGCUGGCGCUGGCGGCAAUGUCGGUGGUGGCGCUAAUGCAAACUUGCAGAGCGACUCGAGCGCUGGCGGAGCUGGUGGUGCUAGAGCCUCGUUGUCUCAAGCUGGUAGCGGUCAGGGAGCUGGUGAUUGUAACUUUGGCACCCGCUUCAUAUGCAAAGACAUACCUACGAUCACUACACCUAUACACACUGUUCAUGUCUACAACACAAGUUCGCACCUCACACUCUACCCGAAAAGCUCACUUCCCAGCAACGCCCCUCUGAUAAGAAUUAUACAAAACCUCAUCAAUCACAAGAUCCACCCCAUCUCCAUCAACCCCCUCCGCUUCAAAAGCAUAGCUCGUGCAAACCCCAUUAUCACUCGGAGGAAACCCCUUGACGAAACUCUCAUUCGGGACAUGCGGACCCUCGGGCUGAUAACUGAAUGUGAAAGUCUCCGUCGUCUCGGUGGCAGGAUCAGGCUGGGAAAUCGUUGGCUGGCAUUUCGCCGUGACGGCGUAGUGCAGGGAGUAGAGACGGCCGAAGGGGAAUUGGCCGGUGAAGGUGAUGUUGCCGGUCUGGUCUGCUGGGACGAGGGCGUAGUUGGGUGGCGAGCUCACAGUGGCGUUGUAAGGAGCGCAGACAAUCGGCGCGGAAGCACCGUAGCCGCCGCAGACAUCACAUUCCCAUUCUGGGAGGAAGAAAAGACAGGUCUCGUCGGCGGCCGCAACGAACGACGGGAGAGCGGUGGCCGCGAGAGCCAGCACAGACGAGAGUCUUGUCAUUUUGAAAGUGAACUUUCUGGGGUUGGAUUCUCGAUUGUUGUUGUUGCUUGCGGCUUGUUGAAAUGCUUCGUCGAAAUGGGCGCUGGCAUAUAUACCUCCCAGAACCGAGAAAGGUUCCAAAAAAUAGCAACACCGUAUAGAAAAGGCAAACUUGCAGCCUCAUCAAGUAGGGCAGACAAUCCCGCGAGAAAUUACAUCACAGUUGCAGUGAUCCAACUGCGCUACAACUCGCAGUACCUUCACUCACUUGCCUCACUAGGCGAAUGA